AUGAACAACAGCAAUAGUAAUAGCAGAAGUAGCAAUAGCAGUGACAGUGACAGGAACUGCAGCAGCAGCAGUGGCAACGACAACAGAAAUAGCAACAACAUCACAGACACUGAAUUGUCCUGCGCGGAAUUGUCGGUGCUCCGCAGCAACAACCGAAGCAACAGUAGCACCACCACCAUCAACAAUAGCAUCAGCAAUAAUAAUACCAAUGACAACAAUAGCAGCAACAAUAACAGCGGCAGCAGUGGUAGUAGCAACAGCAAUAGCGGCAGCAGGAGUAGCAAUAGCAGCAGCAUAUCAGCAAGCAGUAGCAAUGACGAAAGUAUCAGCAACACAGCGACAGCAUUAGUAGCAUUAACAGUAGCAGUAGCAACAGCAGCAGAAGCAGCUGUAAUAGCAAACAACAAUAGCGCAUCAGGAGUAGCAAUAGCAGCAGCAACAACCGAAGUAACAGUAGCAGCAACAGCAAUAGCAAUGAAAAAAGUAGCACCAACAACAACAGCAGUGGCAGCCAUAGUAGUAGUAAUAGCAGCACCAACCAAAUCAGCGCCAUUUGCUCUGUCUCACGGCUAA